AAACAAUCCAAUUCAUCUAAAGCCCAGAAACUCUACCAAGGUUAAUGUACCCAUCCUGAACAACAUGGACCGACUCGAGGCUGAUCAUUGUGCUCCCAGCACGCAUCAUGCGCUCCUUGUGGCUCGCUGCAGCCCUGCCCUUUGUGGCGGCCGAUUGGCAAUUCAAGUCUCGUUCUGAUCUGGCCCCUCCCAGAUUGAACAUCACCAUCCCUGCUGCAGCUGAUGUCGAGAAGGGGUACUUGUUCGUGGCUCCAUUUGCCGGCUUCCCUGACAAAGCAGGUGAAAUGCAUGGUCCUCGUCAGGCAGCUCCGUAUAUCUUGCAAGAUGAUGGAGAGCUCGUUUGGUCCGGAUACGGAUAUUAUUCUAUCUGGUCAACGAACUUUCAGAAGGCCCGCUGGAAGGGAAAAGACGUGCUAUUUUCAUUCGAGGGCGACCAUAAUGCUGGGUAUGGUCAUGGUCAUGGACAUACGACGAUCCUGGACCAGCAUUAUGAGACUAUUCGGGAACUGCGCGCGGGAAACCACAAAUUGACCGAUAAACACGAGUUCCAUGUCAUCAAUGAAGAGACAGCCCUGAUUCAGAUCUACCAGCCUGUUCCGGCUGACCUUACCCAGUGGGGAGCUCGCCCUGGACAGCAAUGGAUAGUUGACUCUCUUUUUCAAGAACUUGACAUCGAAACUGGAGAGCUUCUCUUCGAAUGGUCCAGCCUAGAACAUGUUCUUCCCGAUGAGGCAAUUCUCCCCAUCAACCCUGGCCAAGCCGGCUCCGGCUACAACUCCUCUGAUGCAUGGGAUUACUUCCACAUCAACUCCGUCGACAAAGACUCCGACGGGAACUAUCUAAUUUCCGCCCGCGACGCCUGCUCAGUGCACAAAAUCAACGGUACAUCCGGUGAGAUCAUCUGGCGUCUGGCCGGGAAAAAAUCCGACUUUUCUCUAGGUCCAAAUGCGGACUUCUGCUUCCAGCACCAUGCUCGCUUUGUUUCCAGGGAGGGUGACAAAGAGGUGAUCUCUCUUUAUGACAAUGCCGCCCACGGCACCGAAGACGGUCGCGGCCAUGAAGUCCACACGCAUCCUUUCUCUCAGGGAAAGAUCAUUGAAGUCGAUACGGCUACUUGGACUGCCUCCGUUGUCCAGGCGUUUCAGCCUCCCGAUGGUCUGCUGUCCAAGUCACAGGGAAGUACACAGCUUUUGCCCAAUGGAAACGUCAUUGUGAAUUGGGGAUCCGAAGGGGCGCUGACCGAGUUUCGACCUGACGGAACGCCUAUUUUCCAUGCCUACAUGGAUUCUGGGUUCCUGGGAGACGGCGUGGAGAAUUACCGAGGGUUCCGGUAUAACUGGACCGGUCUUCCGAACGAAGCUCCCGCUAUCGUCUCUCUGGAGAAUGAGCAGGGUACAACUAUCUACGUGUCUUGGAACGGAGAUACCGAGACUAAGGUCUGGAGAUUCUAUAAUGUCGUGGAUGAGUAUGGAUCGCGUGAAUUCUUGGGGGAAUCAAAGCGGACCGGCUUUGAAACCUCCUUGGCGCUCAGUGGGAUCAAACUAAGUGCAGUCUCUGCCGAAGCUAUUGGUGUCAACGGUCGCAUUUUGACAUCGACUGGCAUCGCGAAGACUAAGACUGAAAUACUUCCUGCUAGUCCUCCCGCGGUCCAUUCAUUGGUGGAUGAUGUUGGUUCCACAUCUCAGGCCCAGAUUGCUGAAAAGAGUAACUGGGAGCAGUACAUGGUCUUGAAGAUCAAUCGCUUCCAUAUGACCUAACUUAGCGGUGGAUGAUAACUGCAGUGACUUGAUUCAUGUGGCGACUUUGCCCUGACGUAUGGAAUAUAAAUAUCAC